AUGCUAAAGCCCAUAUGUCUUGAUCCUUUCUCUGAAGGAAGACAACGGCGAAGGAGCAAGACCCCACCAACUGACUUUCGUGAAUUGAGGAUUGUGAUGGUGGGCAAAACUGGAUCUGGAAAGAGUGCUUUAGCCAACACCAUCCUUGGGCAGGAAGCCUUCAAAGUGGAGCUGUCGCCACAGUCUGUGACUGAAACCUGCGCAGAAGAGUCUGCAAAAGUGUCCGGCGUAAGAGUGAAAGUGGUGGACACACCAGGACUAUUUGGCACGGACAUGGUGGCUGAUGCACUAAAGAGACAAAUAGAGAAAUGUGUGGAUAUGUCCUUCCCUGGACCUCACGCUUUCCUGCUGGUGAUCAGACUAGGAGUUAGGUUCACUGAUGAGGAGAAGAAUGCAGUGAUGUGGAUCAAGGAGAACUUUGGGGACAGAGCUUUGAAGUACACUAUUGUGCUGUUUACUUAUUGUGAUAUACUAAAGGGAAACCCUAUAGAUCCUUUGCUCAGUAACAGUACCAAUAUUCAGUCCCUACUUCAUUCGUGUGAGGGAAGGUACCACACUUUUAACAAUAAAGACAAGACAGAUCAGAGUCAGGUCGCUUCUCUUCUGGAGAAGAUACAGGCCAUGGUGAAGCAGAACAAUGGAGAAUUUUACACCAACAAGAUGUAUCAGGAUGCUCAAGAGACGCUUAGAGAACAGAUCAGAGAGGAGAGAGUGAAAAGGCAGUACCGCUCUCAUUGUUACUACAGUGACAAAGUCCAACAGUAA